AUGAUGACCUCAUCUAGACCCCGCGCCGAUGUUGGUGGCAGCUUUGCGAGUCGACGCGGUCAUGCUAGCCAGCUGUCAAUUUCAGACCCUAGUCACCAUGUGACUGAGACUAUUGGGACUCUUUAUGGGGACGAGGACGAUUAUUCUAGCGAAAGUCGCCCUACGAGUUUCUUCGGCCAAGCCUAUUCAGACGAGACACAAAAGCAGGCCGAGUCCGAUCCUUCUGCUCAAGACCCUCGCGGCCAAGUGAUACGCUCGACUUCGGAUAAGACGGGCCUAGCUGUGGCACCAAACGGUACGCCGACGCUGAAAAAGUCACACACACUGCCUACGCGCUCGCCAAGUCAGCGAAGCGUUAACUUUGAUAAUGGCCCCAAGUCGCCUCCCCUCUCCUUGCGGGACGUGAAAAACGAGUCGUCGCAGUUUCCCUUGGGCAACAUCGAAAAUCCGAACGACAUUGCUCAGGAACUCAGUAACUUGCAGGCCCUGAGGCGCAUGUCCAUGGAUGUGGGCAAUAAUGCCGAUCCUGAUAUGCUGCCUUUUUCAGGCCUUUCCCUCAUGGCCAUGCCCCCCAUUGCUCCCAAGGGAGAUGACGACGAGAACGACCCGUCGAGAUUGCUGUGGGUUCCCGCAGCCGUUCAUCCGGAGCUUGCACCAACAGAGUUCAAGAACUUUUUGGAAACACGAGUGAACACAAUCAAACGUCGAUCAGGGGAAUCCUUCAUUUCCAGCGAUGGCAGUAUCGACCGGAGCGACUCCGGCGGGGGGCUGAGACGGAAGAAGAGCAUGCUCUCCAGACAAAUCGACCCGCUAGGCACAAGAGGAGGAGAUGGCUACAUAGACGGUGCCGAGAGGCUCUCGCGGAAAAGCUCUCUAAGGCAGUACUCGACCCCAGAGCUGGACCUAGGCGAACUUGUGAAGGACCCUUCCAAGGUGGUACAGAAGCUUUCGAAGGAAACUCAACCGGAGAGCGGCGCUGAGGAUAUGCCUAUUUUGCCGGUGGCUCCGGGCAUGGGACUUCGGCGUUCGACGCGGACAACGUACCGAAAGAACGGAAGUGUGCGAUCGGGAGACCGUUUACCAUUCUCGAAACGAGUUGCAAGCCGCCAUGUUCAUACGGAUUCUUCUGAUUCGGCGGACACAGUACCUCCCUUACCCACUGAAGUGCCCAAGGCUCCUGCGCAUGCUCCUGUGGCGUCAGAGCCUAUAGCUGAGAACUUCUCACGACCUAAUCGAUCAGUCCGAAGACAACAGAAGUUUUCUCAAGACAUGGGCGUUUCGCAAGCUGGGUCCGAUGGUGGUUCAUCUGAAGUUGAGGAACCGGUAUCUCCCACUAGCACGCGUUCCGAGCAGGCGCAGCAACAUCCUGCGAGAACGUCCUCGGCUUCGGCAGACGCCAGACAAAGUGUUCCUUCCAUCGUUGAAUCGCCCACAACUGAGGAAAGUGUGCAACGCCAACAAUACCCCCAACGUUCUUCCUCCUCGCAGCACGCAGGGCCCCAGAUUAAUACCCAGUCUGCCGUGGAGGAACCUCCGGCUCGUUCGAAUUUGCGACCUGGUUCGUCUCAUUCGGUGCAGAGCUCUCACUCGAUGCAAAGCCCUACAACGCCUACUAUGCAGCAGCCGCCACCACAGCAGCAAGCAAAGCAGCAAUCAAAUGCUCCUAGUCACGGCCUGAACGACUUGUCUUCCCAUCCGUCUGCCUUGCCUGGUAGUGGUGCUAAUCGUACUGACACCUUGACUUUUAUUCCUACUCUACCUACAGAGGAGAAGAAGUCGGAAGAGAAACGAACCGAACAAAAGAAGCUUCGGAAAGAAAGGGAUGAUGAUGCCGCGAGUGUUUCCUCAACAAAGUCCUCUGGUGGUUGGUCGAAAUGGCUCAAGGGAGGCAGCGAUGACAAGGACAAAAAGAAGAAGGACGAGGAGAAGAAAAAGAAGAACUAUGGCGACAAGUCACAGGACAACGCACGGCUGGACGUUCUGCAGAAUUCGAUCGAGGGCGUCAAGGGAAGAGAGAGCAUCGUCGUGGACCGCGACAAUGUCGACAACAAGCUCGCAGAAGAGCGUAAGAAGGAGAGCCGAAAGACAGAGGCAAAGAAAGAGAAGGAAGGAGGCCUAUUUUCAGGCCUAUUCGGCGGCGGCAAGAAGAAGAGCGAGAAGGAAAGUAACAACAAGAAGGGCCACUUGCGUGUAUCAGAAGAGGUACCCUACAGGCCUCUUAAGCCUGAUGUCGACUACCACUGGACCAGAUUUCCGCUGCUCGAGGAACGCGCGAUUUACCGGAUGGCUCACAUUAAGCUCGCAAACCCGCGUCGGUCAUUGCUUAGCCAAGUGCUACUGAGCAACUUCAUGUAUAAUUACCUUGCCAUCGUUCAGGCGAUGCAUCCCCAGAUGCAGGUCCCGCAAUCGCCACAGCAGCGACGCUUGGAAGAGGAGCGCCGUCGCAAGGAACAGGAGGAGCAGUUCUUGGCACAGCAACAGAUGCAGCAGGCUCAAGAAUCAGGGGACCAGGAAGCCAUGGGCCAGUACAACUUUGAGUACCAUCGCGUGAGUUCAUCCAAGCAUGUUGGUCACUGGCGGGUUCACACUGACAUACAGAAGGGCGAGAGCCAAUACGGAGACCAUCCCCACAAUGAAGUGGACUACGUGGAUGAUGCUCAGAUCUACGAGUAUGACCAUGGUGGGGACAUGGAUCAACAAGGACGCGAUGGCUACAAUGGCCCUGACGGCUACGAACCUCAGCCUGGCAAACAGUACUACCACGACCAGUAUGGGCGGGACGCUAGCGAUGACAGUAGACGCCGUGAUGGACGAGAUGACAUGUGGUAG